AUGUUUAAUGCCUUUAAAAAACUAAUUAACAAUACUAUAAACACCGAUGAAGAGGAAACUAGAGAAAGACUCGAGUUGGGUAUUACUCCAGAGCUAUUACAAUUGGUAGAUAAUAUAUCAAAAUACCCAGAGUCGUUUAAAGAUUUCCCCUUUCACACUUUAAAAAACUCUUCACUUAAAAUGACAAAAUUACAAAAAAGACAUGUUGAAAAAAUUUUAGAGAUUGUUAAACCAUUGAAUGAUUUAAGAUAUCAAAUUUGCCCUUCAUAUAUGGAUGAUGAAAAGUUUUGGAAAAUUUAUUUUACACAUAUAAAGAGUGUCACCAAAGGUAUUUUUGAACCCACACCCACAAAUACACCUACUGUAGCAAAAUCAAAUGACCUAUUGGACGAAUUGGACUCACAGUUUGAUAAAUUGUUAGCAACUCAAAAGAAAAUGAUUAUUGAUGAAGGUAUUUCAGAAGAUGAAGAUAGUUAUUUUUCAGAGAAUAAAUAUAAACUACCAUAUGGUAAUAAUAGUAGUAAAGAUUCAACCAAUAACAAUAACAAUAACAACACCGAAAAUAAUAUUAAUACUGAUAAUACAACAAACAACAUAAAUACGCCAAUUAAAUCACCAAACUCAACCCCAUCAACCCAAAUUGAUAAUAAUGAAAAUAUAAAUAAUAAAGACGAUAUUUUAAUCGAUACAAAUUUCGAAAAUGAUAGUAGUUUACAAGAUAGCGAUAUCAACAACAGCAACAAUAGUAAUAGUAAUAGUAAUAACAGUAACAAUAAUAAUACCAACAGUUUUUUUGACGAUUUAAAUUCUUUAAGCCCAAGUUAA